AUGGCGGGAUGGGAGGGUAAGAAAGAUGGGGUUUAGUCGUGAGAUACUUGUUAAUGUUUACAAACUAAAAGUUUCAUGGAAUUACAUGUAGUAUUGGUAGGUUUUAGAUUAUAAAUCUUGCGAUGGCUCAAGCUAAACAUAAUCUGCCAGAAACAUCUAAUGGUACCUUGAAGGAAAAAGAAAAAGAUAAUAAUGAAGAUAAAGAAGGUUCUAUUACGAUACCAGAAUGUGCAGUUUGUCUUCAACCUUGUAUACAUCCAGCUAGAUUACCUUGCAAUCAUAUAUAUUGCUAUUUGUGUGUAAAGGGCGUUGCUAAUCAUAAUAAAAGAUGUCCUAUGUGUCGUCAAGAAAUGCCAUCUGAUUUUGUUGAAAGACCGCAAUUAGUAGAAGUCGAUGAAGUACAAAAAGAAUUAGAACGACCCGAGGAAGAGUAUCAAUGGUUUUAUGAAGGCAGAAAUGGUUGGUGGAAAUAUGAUUCAAGGAUCAACAAGGAUUUGGAGACAGUGUAUAAACUAGGAUGGUGGCAAUAUGAUCAACGUACAAGUCUUGAAUUAGAAACUGCUUACAAACAAGGGAAGAGGACUUGUGAAUUAUUAAUUGCAGGGUUUUUAUAUAUUGCGGAUUUCGGUUCUAUGCAUCAAUUACGUAGGAAUGAUCCUUCCAGGAGAAGAAGAAUUAAACGGGAUUUGUAUAAUGUUCCAAAGAAAGGAGUUGCUGGUUUAAGAUUGAAUGCUCAAGAAGAAGAAAUGAUUAGAGAAAUAAGAGGUGCGGAAAGGCCAUCAAGUCCUGAGAGCGAUACUAUAAGUGCAGAUGGUACAAGUACUCCUAUACCUCCAAGUAAUACGCCACAAACACCAGCUGGUGGAACUGCAAGUGGAGAUGCUACACCACUAAAUGAUAGAAUAGAUCAAAGAUCAGAUUCUUUACAUCAGGUUCUAGAACAAAUGCGUUCAUUAGUAUUAAGAGAACAUUUAUCAUUUAAUAGUAAUAAUGACCUCGAAGAAACAGCAGAGGAUGAAUCAGUAUCUGAACAUUCUAUACUUCCUUGUUUACCAACAUCACAUGAAUUAGAUGAAGGUCAUUUGUAGAAAAUAGAAAUAUGAAUUUGAUCUUCUUACUUAUUUAUAAUAUAUCAAAUUAUCGAGAAAUAUAAUGCAACCAAAGAAAUAUGUUAUGGUUGAGAAUCACAAAUAUAAUAUUAAGAAAUAAAUAUUAUUCUGUGAUAUGCUACAAUGCGCAGAGCGUUCUUUAAUAUCAAUUUGGGAUUGAUAAGAAAAAGUUCUUAAAAUUUGAUUCAAGAAAAUAUUAAAAUUAUUGAUUAUAUAUAAUAUCGAGAUAUCGAUCAGCACUUGUAAAACAAUAUUGAUGAAAUCAAUUAAUGUAAUAUAUAACUUAAGUGUUCCUAGUAUUCUUUUAAUUACAUACAAAUGAAAUAUAAAAAAUAAUUUUGGAUUAUAUAAUAAAAUAAAUUAGGUACUUAAAGUUUCUCUGG